CCGGGAUGGGUUCAGCUGGCCCGGAUUCAUCAACCUCAACCCGAAAGAAUUCACCCUGCAUCUGUGUGUUUGGUGAGUCUUCUGAACGAUACAGAUGAGUAGCAGUAACAAUCCACUGAUGUCGCCUCCUGCGAGGUCUUCGAUAUCUACGACGGCAAUUUUCGGUGCAAGCGUUCCGGUUGUGGCGUCUCUUGCUGUUGACGACUACCACUUCCCCGCCGAUCUUAUAUCUGUUCAAGACCGAAAGGACGAGGCUCUACGAGUUCUCAAAUCUGACGUCGUGGCUGCACUUAAUAAAGUGGUUAAAUCCCUGGACGAAGAUAGCUGGAUGUUUGAUGGGCCUCGAUCUCAUAUAAACCUAAUUUCAAGGCCAGAUUUGAGGGCAAUAUUUUCUACUGAUACACCUUGAUGGCCUGAUGGGUCGAUUUUCGACAGGUAGUUUUCUUCAGAAGCUUGUGGAAAUGGCACAAUAGCACACUUUGGCACCAUCAAAAUGAUGGAAAAGAGCCUUCUUCUUUUUUGCUCAAAACUGGUGUUCUACAACUCUUUAACAAACACAGUUCUAACUUUCUUCUUCCCCUUGCCCCACCCCUAAACAAUCAUAAGCGCCGACCUACAAAGAAGUCCACCAACUUUUUUCACCAGAUUGUUAAAGAUAUUUGGAAUAAGGUGAGGGUACCGUACCUAUAACAUGUAUGAUUAGUCCACAUCAUUAAUUCAUCAUUUAUUUAUAUUUUAAUUGUUUAA